UGUUAUGUUCAGCUUGGAGAGGGGGCUCAAUGUGCGAGGGGCCGACAUAGAUGCGACACAAAUGUGACGAAACACAUGCCCAAGUUUUAACAAGUACCGCGGGUCCUACAUUGUGAUUAUGCCCAGCGCCGAGCCAGCUGUGCGAAGUUUAUCAGAAGUAGAGAAAUACCUCAACAGCCGGAACAGAAUGCAGGCGGAGCGGAGCGGCGAGGGCGGCGUCUCGGGCGCCCCGCCCCCGUUGAGACGGGGCAGCUCGGAGAACAACCUGGACCUGGACCUGAAUGACGGGCCCUUCCCGGGCCACGGGAGCCUGGAGCGCAGCCGCUCAGGCCUGGACAGCCUGCAGCAGAAGAUCCUCAAGGUGACGGAGCAGCUGAAGAUCGAGCAGACGGCCCGCGACGACAACGUGGCCGAGUACCUGAAGCUGGUCAACAGCGCCGACAAGCAGCAGGUGGGGCGCAUCAAGCAGGUGUUCGAGAAGAAGAAUCAGAAGGCGGCACAGAGCAUCGCCCAGAUGCAGAAGAAGCUGGAGCAGUACCACCGCAAGAUGAAGGACAGCGAGAGCCACGGCUCGUCCUCCUCGCCGUCCUCCUCCAAGCACAACAGCCUUCCGCGGGAGUCGGAGCCCUCCAAGGACCUGCUGAGGAGCGGGAGCGGCCGGCACCCCGCCCUGGACAAGAUCAAGACCAUCGGCCCCGGCGUGUCCCUCUCGCCGCCGUUCUUCUUCAGUAAGCCCCGCGAGUUCGCCAACCUCAUCAGGAACAAGUUUGGCAGCGCCGAUAACAUCGCUCACCUGAAAACCACGCUGGACACGCCCUCGCCUUUCCACUCGGACGGCGCCGGGGGGCGGGGCUUAUGCGGGAGUGCCAACAUGGUGGCGAAGCAGCCCAAAUACCCGAGCGACGACGAGUGUUCCUCCGGCAGCGCCUCCAUAUCGGCCGACAGCAAUGGGAACUCGGCAGGUCUGGGCGUUGGAGGAAGUGCAGGGGAGGCUGGCCAGGGCCAAGCCCAGGGGCAAGGGCAGGAGGCUGGGGCAAAUGCCCAGGGAAGACUGGCCCUCAGCCUUGAGGAGUUGAGGGAGAUCCGAGAGGCCCAAAACCAGCUGGAGGAAGACAUGGAGGAGCUAAAGUCUCAGUUUAAGAGAGACUUCGGUCUGAUCACCCAGUCAGUGCAGGAGGAAAAAUACAGGUACGAGCGUUUGGAGGACCAGCUGAAUGACCUCACAGAGCUUCACCAGCAUGAGACAGCCAACCUGAAGCAGGAGCUGGCCAGCAUUGAGGAGAGGGUGGCCUACCAGGCCUAUGAGAGGGCCAGGGACAUACAGGAGGCCCUGGAGUCGUGUCAGACGCGGGUCUCCAAGCUGGAGCUCCAGCAGCAGCAGCAGCAGACGGUGCAGCUGGAGAGCCGGGACGCCCGCGUCCUGCUGGGCAAGAGCAUCAACAUCAUGCUGGCCAUCGUCACCGUCAUCCUGGUGUGCGUCUCCACCGCCGCCAAGUUUGCCGCCCCCCUUAUGCGCAGCCGGCGCCACGUCAUGGCCACCUUCCUCGGCAUAUGUCUGCUGGGGCUUUUCUGGAGGAACUGGGAGCACCUGCAGUGCGUGGUGGAGAGGGUUCUGGUGCCGCCCUGACGGAAAGGGGGGAAGGGGGUGUUUGCGCGGUCAAAACUCGGUUGAUACGCUAUCCAAACAGGUCACUUUCAUUAGCCUUUGACACGAUUGGUUGUACAAUCUUCAGAAGGCCCAGUCUUCUCACAGUCACAGGGGUUUACAGUACUUCACACCAUCUGCUUGGUGCUCUGCUUGGCACAGCUGCACUGGGAUAGCGUGCUGAAUACCCUCCACUACACACCAGACACAGAGACCAGACCGCAGUAAGAAGGUGGCCAUUUUGUUUAUUUGUCCCAUUGUUGUCAUUUUAAAGCUAAUCCUCAUUCCAUUUUAUUGUCCUCCAGGGUAUUGUGAGUCACAUUUUAGUUUUGUGUCUUAAAUAUUGUAUUGGAUACCAUUUUUAGUGCAAUAUAUCCAAUUUCUUUUAGACCACUUGUUUUUAUUGUACUUUUAUUAUAUUUGUUUUAUAACCUUCCAUUGAGGAGUGACAGGGCUAUAGCCAAGCCUUGUGUAAUUUCUGAAGACGUCCAGAAAUCCAUAUCCACUAAGACCACUGCGGGGGCAGAAGCAAGAGCUGGGCUAUCUCCAACCAGAACUCAAUCACUCCGUAUUAUUGCUAUGUUAGCUCCAUAACACUCACACCAUACCCUCCCCCCUGCUUUGACACCACACACACAGGAAUAUAA